AUGGCAACUUCAAAUACACCUGUUGAUGCAGAUAAUUUUGAACUUGAAAGUGCAAGUGUGAAUCAAAGUUGCUCAAUAUUCAGCAAUGAAAUGACUUCGAGUUCAGAUGGUAAUGAGUUUACUCAGGAUGACUUUGAGAAAGCCAUUUGCAUGUGUGUUGUUUGUGGCAUACUUCCAAUUUCAAUUUCUGGGGAGCCUAUAUUCAGUAUUAUGGUGCAAGCCAUAGCCAAUAGUCCAGAGUUGGAUCCCAAUUUUGUUCGUAGAGCCCUUUGCUUGUUUGUUCUUGGUUGUGCCCUUCCUUUAUCGAUUUGUAAGAAACUCAUAUUCAAACAAAUGAUGUGCAUCGUGAAUCCGCAAUGCAAAACCAUUUUAGAUGCAUUGGAUCUCUGUACCCUUAUGAAAGAUGCACUUAGAAUUUGUGCAGAUAAAAGAAAGAUUGUGAUGGAAGAGUUAGCAAAAGCACCUGGUAGAAUAUCAUUUACUUUUGACAAUUGGGAAGAUGGUAGGCAAGAUGAGUUUCUACCAUUCACUUUUGACAAUUGGGAAGCUGAUAAGCAAGAGAAGUACCUUUGCAGACAGUAUACGUGCAUCACAGCUCAUUGGAUUGAUGCGAGUUGGGAGUUGCAAAGAAGAGUGAUUAGUUUCGGAACUUUACUAUAUCCAUUAGAUGGUCUUUCUAUCGCUGAGGAAGUGUCUUCGUGUUUGACUGGGUGGAAAGUUGAUAACAAGGUUAAGACUCUGACUUUGGGUAAUCCGUGUUAUGAUGAAACUGUGAUUACGUCUCUUAAGACGCGUUUUCUUGCUAAUAGAUCCCUCUUAUCUAAUGGUGAUUUUUUUCAAAUUCGUGGUUUCUGUUAUAUUAUGAGUCUUGCAGUGGAAGAUGGUAUCAAACUCAUUGAUGAUAUUGUUCAGAAAGUUAGAGGUGUAGCAAUCCAUAUCCAAUGUGAUAUUACGAAAAGAAAGAACUUUUAUGAGAUUGCGGAUAAUCAUUUUCAUUUGAAUACCAAGAAAAGGUUGCGUCCUGAAAAUGGUUAUAGAUGGGAUUUGACUUAUACAAUGCUUGACCACGCUCUUUAUUUCAGGCCCGUUCUAGACCAUUUGGGACAAAAUGACGAAGAACUGAAAUUCUGUGAACUUUCUGCUGAAGAGUGGGACAAGUUGGCCGUUGUGCUUAAGUUUUUGAAUGUUUUUUAUGGUGUCACCAAUCGGUUUUUCUCCUCCAAACAGCCGACUUCAUAUACUUAUUUUAGGGGAAUAUGGGAGAUUCAGAUGAAACUACAACUAUUAGAAGCAGCCAAUGGGCCACAUGAUUUCAUGGUGGACAUGGUAAAAGAGACAAAAGAAAAUUUUGACCAGUAUUGGUUGGAUCAUAAUUUGAUACUGUCACUUGCUACCAUCCUAGAUCCCCGUUGUAAGUUGGAAUUGGCUGAAUAUUGUUAUGUUAAACUUUUUGGGGAGCUUUAUGCAAAAGAAAUGGUGCAGAAUGUGAAGACGACCUUAUUUAAUUUGUUUGAUGAAUAUAAAUCUCUUGGUGUGGUUUCUUCGUCGACUAUUGGUACUUUUGCUAGUGGUAGUAGAAGGGAUGAUCUAGAUGGCUUCCUGGAAGAUUACGAAUUGUUUUUGAGUAAGAAACAAAAACAUGACGCUGGAAGGUCACAAUUGGAUGUCUACUUGGAAGAGAAAAUUCUUGAUUUGCAUAGUGAGCUAGAUAUAUUAUCAUAUUGGAGGGAUGUCUCUGGACGCUAUCCUGAUCUUGGAUCAAUGGCCCGUGAUAUCUUAACCAUUCCCAUAUUUGCAGUUCCUCCGGAAGGAGCCUUUGCUAUGGGAAAGAGAUUGAUUAAGCGUUGGCAGAAGGAUGCAAUAGUAGAAGAUAAAGCAAUAUUUAUAUGUUGUCAGGAUUGGAUGCAUGUGAAGGGUCUUUGUUCAGGACUAUACACAUAUUUUGCAAAUGAUCCUGAAGAGUCAGAUGCUGAGGAUGAAAGUAAUGAAGAGAUGGAAGAUGAUGAAUCUGAGGAUUCGGCCACAGCCACUUAGGUAUCAGCUUUUGGAAUUAUGGCUUCUUUUGGAUGUAUUUUGUUUUUGGAUGUAGUAGUGAAGCAAGGAUUAUGGACAAAUUGAUGUAUUUGCGUCAUAUUAAUAUUAUGU